CAUUCUCCCGUCUCCUGUGCCACCCAACAGCACGGAGUGCGGCUCCCUUCCUUCCACGUGGUUGUGGGAGUCAAUAAUUUUGUGUAACCGGCAGUCAACUUCCCCACGAAACUGACCCAUGGCCUCCGCGUCUCCGGCCGCCGAUGGCGGCAUCCUCCCGACGGAGGGAUCUGAUUUGACCGCGCUUCUCGCAGGAAUCUGGGGUAACAAGCUGAGCGCCCUUGUCCUCGGCCCGACCGUUGCUGUUUUCCUGUGGUUUUUCGUCGCUUAUCAGACGUCGCCCCUGAAGAAAUACCCCGGUCCUUUCCUCGCAGGAUGGACAAACCUCUGGCGUGUGUGGCAGGUGAUUUCGGGCGAGUAUGCGCCCCGGAUGAAGAAGCUGCACGAGAAAUACGGCCCGAUCGUUCGCAUCGGCCCGAACCUCCUUGACCUUGACAUCCCGGAGCUGUACCGCGUCAUCUACGGCACCGACGGGAAAUGGGUCAAGUCCGACUUCUACAAGAACAGCAGCUCCAUCAUCGAUGGCAAGAUCACCUACCAUAUGUUCUCCGAGGUGGACCCCACCCUCCAUGCCCUGAUCAAGCGCCCUGUGGUGCGCCACUACUCGGUGCCCGCCGUGCUGGUGAUGGAGCCGUUGAUGGACACCAUCAUUCAGGAGUUUAUCGACACGCUGCAGAAGCGCUAUGUUGAGCCCAAGAAGACGUGCGAGUUUGGCGAGUGGCUGAGCUACUACGCAUGGGACUUCAUGGGCAUGGUCACCUUCAGCACCAAGUUUGGCUACAUGGAGAAGGGCCAUGACUUUGACGGCACGCUCGCCAUCGCCGACCAGUCGAUCGACUACCUGGCGCUCUGCGGCCAGAUGCCCUGGACCGACUACAUCCUCGACAAGAACCCCAUCUACCCCAUCGGCCCGCCCAACAUCGGCAACGUCACCCGCAUUGCCGUGCAGAACCUGACGGCCCGCCUCAAGGGCGAGGACAAGAACUUCACCGAAGGCAGCCCCGACUUCCUGCAGUACUUCAUCGAGUCCAAGUCGACCCACCCCGAGCUCGUCAACGACGGCAGCGUGAUCGGCUACCUGCUCCUCAACCUCAUCGCCGGCGCGGACACGACCGCCAUCACCAUGCGCGCGCUCUUCUACCACGUGCUCAAGAACCCGCGCGUCUUCGCGCGCCUGCAGGCCGACGUGCGCGCCGAGUUCGCGCCCUUCGUGCCGGCGCCGCACACCAAGGCCCGCGCCCUGCCCUACCUCGAGGCCGUCGUCAAGGAGACCCUGCGCUACCACCCGGCCGUGUCCAUGAUCAUGGAGCGGAUCGUGCCCGAGGGUGGGCUGACGCUGCCGGAUGGGAGCGUGGUGCCGGCGGGCCAGAUGGUGGGCAUGAACCCGUAUAUUGUGGGCAGGAAUAAGGAUGUGUUUGGGGAGGAUGCUGAAGAGUAUAACCCUGAUCGGUGGUUGCAGAGGGAGGGGGAGAGUGAGGAGGAGCAUAAGGAGAGGAUGGCGCGCUGGGGGCAGAGUUUGCUCGCGUUUGGCGGUGGGUAUCGGAUUUGUCUGGGGAGGAACUUGAGCAUGAUGGAGGUGUACAAGGUUGUGCCGACGCUGUUGGCCAGCUUUGAUAUCGCGCUCGAGGAUCCCAACGAGGAGUGGUGGACUUGCUCGAGGUGGUUUUACCGCACCAAGGGCGUUAUUUGUAAGCUGAAGCCGAGGAGCUCGUGAAGGGGGUUGGAAGGCCAUUUGUAUGUACACGUUAAGGCGCGUAGAGGGGUCUGUUGGAAUUAGUUGUGCUUGGACAUGUGGUACUAGUAGGAUGCGCAUGAGAAUGCAACGCGUGAGCUUUGGCUCUCCCAUGACUUAGUUACUGAAUCACGUGCCG